AUGCCAGCUAUGUUGAAAGAAGAAAUGUUAUGGGCGAAGUUUCAGCAGAUGCAGUGGAUAGAGUCCAUCAGCAAAUCUAUACCCAGCUGUGGGAGCACCGGGGCCGAGGAACUGGCCGUCCUCAUUCUGGCUCCAUUCAAAAUCCGCUCCUCUGACCUUCCAUGGCAGGACUUAAAGGGCCAGGAGUCCCGCCCCCCGCGCUGGUCCCACCCACUCAGCGCCCUCCCUUCUCCCCGCCCGCCAGCUGUGGGGGGCGGCGCGCGAGCCGGGGCAGGCCCGGGCCGCAGAGAAGGCGUCGCCGCCGCCAUGGAGCUGGGGCCGGUGGCGCUGCGCUUUUCCCGCCUGCCCAUGUUCCCCUUCUUCGACGCGGCGCAUUACCUGGCCUCCGUCAUGGCGCUGAAGGAGCAGCGGGGAGCAGUGGAAGUUUCACGCCAGAGUCCAAUUGCAUGUUGGUUUAGUGCUAUGCUUUACUGCUUUGGUGGGUCUGUUCUGUCUUCCUUGAUGCUUGCAGAGCCUCCUGUAGGGUUCCUUGCAAACGGCACUAAUAUAUUCCUGGCAUCUUCAGUCUGGUAUCUUGUAUUUUUUUGUCCACACGACAUGGUCUACCGAUGCUUUUCCUUUCUGCCUCUUCGACUGAUGGUUGCAGGAAUGAAAGAAGUGACUAGGACUUGGAAAAUAACAGCUGGAAUUGCACAUGCAAACAGCCACUACAAAAAUGCCUGGCUUAUCAUGGUAGCUGUUGGCUGGGCCAGAGGAGCUGGUGGUGGCUUAAUCUCUAACUUUGAGCAGUUGGUGAGAGGUGUUUGGAAACCUGAAAGCAAUGAACUUCUGAAGAUGUCCUACCCUGUAAAAGUGACUCUGGUAGGUGCAGUACUCUUCACAUUGCAACAUGCCCAGAACCUACCGAUAGCAAGACACAACCUUAUGUUCCUUUACACCACCUUUCUAGUGGUCACAAAGGUAACCAUGAUGUUGACUCAAUCUGCAGUUUCUCCAUUUGCUCCUUUUGAGUCUGUGCUGGGCCGUAUGCUCUUUGGUUGGCAACAAACUCCAUCUAAAGUAAAGGGUGAGGCCAGAUUAUCUUCCAAUGGAACCUCUUCAGUCUGUGACCGUUCUGCUGGAGAGGCCAGUGAAAGCAUUAAGAAAAGACAGGCAAAGAAAACAGAAUAAGUGGCCAAAAAAAUUAUCUUGUUACAUGUGACCGUAACACUUUGAAACAUUUCUAUUUCAAAUGAUGGGGAAAAGAAAACAGGAUGUAAGGAAAUACGUGUGACAGACUGGCAGCAGUGAUGAGCUUUGUGCACUGCUGCCAUGUAGCCUUUAAAGUAUAUUUUAUAAAUUGUAACUCAAAUGUUGGGAAUGUGUGUAUCAUGGUAGACGUUUCUAACUGAAAUGGUACUAAAUAAUAAAUUUUAUAGUGAUGAUGAUUUUAUUAAAUGAGAGAUUUAUUGUGAUUUUGUUUUUAUAUUUAUGAAAAACCAACUUUUAAAUGUAACCCCCCCUGAAGCUGGAAACAAAAUGACAAUCAGAUUUGACUAUUUUUUUCUUUAUCGUUUAUUUUUCAUAUAUUUUCUGUUUUGAGUGUUUUUCAGCUGAAUAAAAUGGAUAGUUAUACACAGUAGCAUAUUCUAAGGUAUGAAAGGCUCGUGUAGUCGUGUUCAAUUGAGCAAUGGAGUUAGAGUAAAAUUUUACCAAACGUUCGCAUUACGUGAAUAAAAAAUUAACACUGUAAAUAGUUUUUACUGUAAAACUGUGGAAAUGUGCCAAAAACAAAGCCUUUGUUCCCUAGAAAAAAAUGUGAAUUACUACUAUAAUUCAUGUUGCACUGAUCUUGAUUCUUAGUCAUAAACUAGAGAAUAUUUUUCAUUUUCUACUUUCCAGAAUAAAAGUAAAUUCUCUUGCACUUUAAAAAAA